AUGGCGAGCAAGAGGACGGUACAAGAAUGGGAUGAAGCAAUCGACACUCUUGCUUCUUCUGCCGCACAAUUUCCUGGUAUGGAAGACCAUAUUUUUCCAAUUUUGAUGUACAGCUACGAUAGCCUCGGGGGUGACCAUGUCAAGUCUUGUUUCCAAUACUGCGCUCUAUUUCCAGAAGAUUUUUAUAGAAAAGGAGAAUUGGUAGAUUACUGGAUAUGCGAAGGAUUCAUAGACGAAAAGAAAGGUAUAAGGAAGGCUAAAAACAAGGCUCAUGGGAUUAUUGGUACCCUUGUCCAGGCUUGUUUAUUGAUCGAAGAAGGAGAGACAAAUCAGAGUGAAAAUGCAUGA